UUUCCAUUGAUGGUGUGUGGUCUGCAGUAGCCAAAGGGACUCCGGAAACGCGCCGCUCGCUCGCGUCGCCCGCGCGCUGCAGAUCCAGGAAGCGGAACGAAUGAAGUUCAUUUCUCACAGCUGGUGAUGGCGGAUGCUGUCGAAAUAGAGACCAUGAAGAAUUAUAACAUAGCGUUUGAGAGGAUAGACCCGAGCAUUAGCCGCUACCCCUACUGUAUUGUAUGGACGCCAAUCCCCGUGUUAUCAUGGCUCUUUCCUUUCAUCGGCCACAUGGGGAUUUGCACCUCCACUGGGGUGAUCCGCGAUUUUGCAGGUCCAUACUUUGUCUCAAGUUCACAGUCAGGGCAACUCUAUCUGAGUGAAUGGAGGAUCCAACCGCUUGUGCAGAAGAAUCCUGACGAGCUGCUCAAACAAAAGCAAAGUUAUCAUGGUACCGGAGCUCCACAGCAGUUCUCUUCAGGAUUGGACAAUAUCCUAGAGACACAUCUCUGCCAGACAGGAGCAAAAGUGAAAUGUGAGGAUAACAUGGCAUUCGGAAGACCGACAAAGUACUGGAUGUUAGACGUCAGUAAGGUGUAUGCCAGUGGAUCUAACGCCUGGGACACAGCCGUUCACAACGCAUCAGAAGAGUACAAACAGAGAAUGCACAACCUUUGUUGUGACAACUGUCACUCGCAUGUGGCCAUGGCCCUGAACCUGAUGCACUACGACAACAGCACCUCGUGGAACAUGGUGAACCUCUGCCUGCUGUCGCUCAUCCACGGCAAACACGUCAGUUGCGUAGGCUUCCUGAAGACCUGGCUUCCUUUCUGCAUCUUGACCAUUGUGAUCGUGGCUGUGACUCUGUCUCUAAACCUGCGAUGACCCAGCGUGGUCACACACAGACGCACGGGCUCGCCACCCAUCAGAGACCCGUCACUCCAGCUCCAGCAGGACUCCAGUGAACGUCCAGCUCUUCAGAGCAUCGAGGAGCUCAACAUCCAAAAUCAAACGCUAGACCUCUUCGUCUUAGGGUAGAGACAGCAAACACGCCAUGGCGUCUACAUCUUGUGGUGAUGUACGAAACGCUAUUCUCAAAACCUGUCUUCCAAAGGGGGUUGGAGGGUUAUGGUGCUCUUUUAUCGUUUGGUUAGACUUUGAUCUCCAAACUUUAACUGCUGUUUAGGAAAUAUAACACUAUAACUUGUAUAUAAAUAUAUUUUAAAUAUAACUUGAAUAUGAAUUUCUAAUGAUGCUGUGUUCUUUCUGAGAACAUAGUUUAUUGCAGAAACAAUGCAUUGUAUAUUAAGAUACUCUGGAAGAUGGAUUUCCUUUUAAAAGUCUUACUAUCAAUACGAAAGCUUAUUUCAAUUAACACUUUAUUUUAGAAGUACCCUUUUAGUCAUUUUACUGGCAACAUAAGCAGCUUUUAAUAUUGUAGCUUGGCAUGCUUUAAAGUGUAAUUGUUUUUUUUUACAAAAAUUGAAUUACUAAUGGAGAUUAGCAUUCAAAAAUGGCUAGUUAAUCAAUUAGCAAAUCUUGUUCGCAUUACGUAUUGAAAAGCAGUCUUUGGCCAGCUGUUAUUGUUAUUGCAUUAAUUUACUAUUAUUAUAUUGCAUUAUAAACCAUUAUGAAAUUGCCUUCUCAAGUUGAAUGUGAUGCAUUUAAAAAAGUGUAAAAUGUAGCUAUAGGACUUGAUUUUAUCCAUUGGGAAUUGAUUGAAUUAGGAAAGAAAGCAUGCAUUCCAUCGCAGAAAAGACCAGACGUGAACACGAAGGCCUUGGUGAAGUCUGUGUGACAGUUGUUUCAGUUCUUUUGAGGAAAGGUUAUGAAGACAGACAUUUAGUUUUCUAAAAUGCACUAAUAAAUCCUGCACAGUAAGACCAGGAAUGAAGGAAAGUAAACGAUGCCUUUAAUACGUCUUUGUUGUCCUGAGGAACACUUGAUUCACAUUGCAGGGGUUUUGGAUGUUCUGUUUGAAAGCUUUACUCUUUCAAUCUUGAACUAUUAAAUGAUAUAUUUAAUGUUUCCGUUGUUUGUUUUCACAAGUAUUAUCACGGGUAUUUUGUUAUGUUGACUAUUGACUUGGUAUUAUGGCACAAUAUGCCUAGUCUAACAAUCAUAUCACAUCUAAAAAAAUAAUAAUAAUGAUAAAGGAUAACGUGAUUUAUGUUCUAUGUAAGGUUCAGGAUUUGAACAUUGCUCAUCAAUCGCUGAAAUCUGUCAAGCACACAUCCAGGUCAUUAUUUCACCCCAAAAUCAAAAAGAAAAAUGGCUGAAUAAAAAAAAAAAGAAAUUAAUCUUGUUUUAAUAUCUUUUGCAAGUGAUAUUAUUGCAUGGCAUUUAAACACAGUUCCUACUGUAUAAUGGAGUUAUUCAUUAUUUUAAUAUACGAUUAGAUAAAUUUUAUUUAUACAUCACUGUAGUACUUGCAGGACUGCUUUAUUUUUAAUGCAGUAUUUUUAUUGUAACAAUAGUAGAAGCUGUAUGUGGAGGGAACUUUUUUUUUUUAACAGGCUUCUUUUUUUAUGUACAAAGUAUAGUUUUAUUUCCUUCUGAUUUGGGUUGUAAAUGUGGCCUGUUUUUGUGAGAUUCACUGUUCAUCUGAAUUGCUUAAUUAGUGUAGAAUUGGGAAGAAAAUUUAACCUGGGGUCAAAAUGGGCUCUCAAAAAUACUGCUGUUUUUAUUGUAAUUGUAGUCAAACUUGUAACUAAUGAAAGUAAAAUUAAUGUUUUCAUUAUCUUGAAAAUCUUUCUGCUAAUCACAAGCUGUAUUUUAUACAGAAUAUAUUUUUGUUUGUUACUGAUUUUAGGUGCAAGUGUUUUACUCGUUUGGUGUAUAAUCAGAAAGAAAAAUAGGCCCAAAGUCUGACUGAGUGAAAUCUAAUCUUAAUUACUUGAAUCCAGAGCACAGCACUCUGUUAGUUUGUCUCAACUGUAUUCAUGAACUGAUCGAAUCCUAGACCUCUUCUCUUCUCUAUUGCUCUCUUCUCACAUUUGUCCUUCUCCUUCCUCUCUUCACACUCUCUCAGUCUUUGGAAGUGUUGCCCAGAGCAGCAGGUAGUCAAGUGUGUGUUGUGUUGGUGGAGUGUCUUCAGAUGGGCUUGUGUGUGUGUGUGUGUGUGUGUGUGUGAGAGAGAGAGAGAUUUGAUCACAUUAGAGAUCCUGUGUGAAGUGUGAUGUUCUUACUGACAGCUUUCCUGUCUUCAAAGACGUGAACUAGUGGAUCAGAAGCACGUUUGACUGUUUAGGUCAUCACAGCAGCCCAGCGCUUCCCAUUUCCUCUCUGAAACUCUGAAAACAUUUUUUUAGCUUGCAACAAUGUUACCAGGAAUUAAUCCAGAUCUACAUGUUUACAAGCU